GCGCGCCCCGCGCCGUGCGCCUGGCCCCGCGCGCCGCCGCCACAUCUGGAAGCGUUCAGCGCGUCCGCCUGGGGCGCGCCGGGCGAGCGGGCGGGCGGGGCGGCGGGCCGCGGGGUGAGCGCCGCGCUCCGCGCUCCUGCCCGCGGCUCCCUCUCGCCGCCUCUGCAGAAACAGCUUCUGCCAGAGCGGCGCGCGGCGCGGCCCGGAGCGGCGGCGCCUUCCUGCCUCCUCGCCCUCGGGACUCGCCGGACCUUUGGGCAGAAAAAGCGGAGCAGAGCCGGGAGGACGCGCCGAGAGCGGGCGGAGACGGUUCAGGCCGGCGGCCGGCGGGCCCCUCCCGUCCUGGGGUCCGCGCUCCCCUCUCCCCCUUCCGCCUCCUCUUGCUCUGCCUCUCCAUUUAUUUUUUCAAAUGCUGUGGCCGCCAGAGGUGCGGCGCUGAAUUCUUGGAAGGGGCCCGGAUGUGCUGAGGAUGCAUUACAAUUUCACUGAAGGAGGCGGUAGUGGAAAGGAUCAGUUUUUGGUUUUUGAUGCAAUAAUGGGAAUCAGGUAAUCAGCCAAAGGAAAGAAGAGAUACUGCAGAUCCACGGCUUCCUCGAAUUUUGCACGAAAGCCGCCGACCUCGGAGGAGGGAUUAGUGCAGACCCGCUUGGGGGUGUUUGACAUUUCUUCCUCUUUGUGGCUUCUUCUCCCUUUAAAACAAUUCUUGGUCCAUGGUCAAUGAAAACACGAGGAUGUACAUUCCAGAGGAAAACCACCAAGGACCCAGCUAUGGGAGCCCACGCCCGGCUCACGCCAACAUGAACGCCAACGCCGCCGCCGGGCGCCCCGAGCACAUCCCCACACCGGGGGCCGCCCUGUCCUGGCAGGCAGCCAUCGACGCAGCCCGGCAGGCCAAGCUGAUGGGCAGUGGCGGCAACGCGACCAUCUCGACGGUCAGCUCCACACAGCGGAAGCGGCAGCAGUACGGGAAGCCCAAGAAGCAGGGCAGCACCACCGCCACCCGCCCGCCCCGGGCCCUGCUCUGCCUGACUCUGAAGAACCCCAUCCGGAGGGCGUGCAUCAGCAUUGUCGAGUGGAAGCCAUUUGAAAUCAUUAUUUUACUGACCAUUUUUGCCAAUUGCGUGGCCUUAGCGAUCUAUAUCCCCUUUCCGGAGGAUGACUCCAACGCCACCAACUCCAACCUGGAACGAGUGGAGUAUCUCUUUCUCAUCAUUUUUACUGUGGAAGCAUUUUUAAAAGUCAUAGCCUAUGGACUCCUCUUUCACCCCAACGCUUACCUCCGCAACGGCUGGAAUUUACUAGAUUUUAUCAUUGUGGUUGUCGGGCUUUUCAGUGCAAUCUUAGAGCAAGCCACCAAAGCCGACGGGGCGAAUGCUCUCGGCGGGAAAGGGGCUGGAUUCGACGUGAAGGCACUGAGGGCGUUCCGUGUGCUGAGGCCCCUGCGGCUGGUGUCCGGGGUCCCAAGCCUCCAGGUGGUCCUGAACUCCAUUAUCAAGGCCAUGGUCCCCCUGCUGCACAUCGCCCUGCUCGUGCUCUUUGUCAUCAUCAUCUACGCCAUCAUCGGCCUGGAGCUCUUCAUGGGGAAGAUGCACAAGACCUGCUACAACCAGGAGGGCGUCCCAGAUGUUCCAGCAGAAGACGACCCCUCCCCCUGUGCUCUGGAGACGGGCCACGGGCGGCAGUGCCAGAAUGGCACAGUGUGCAAGCCAGGCUGGGACGGGCCCAAGCACGGCAUCACCAACUUCGACAACUUUGCCUUCGCCAUGCUGACCGUGUUCCAGUGCAUCACCAUGGAGGGCUGGACCGACGUGCUCUACUGGGUCAAUGAUGCCGUGGGAAGGGACUGGCCCUGGAUCUAUUUUGUUACACUAAUCAUCAUAGGGUCAUUUUUUGUACUUAACUUGGUUCUCGGUGUCCUUAGCGGAGAGUUUUCCAAAGAGAGGGAGAAGGCCAAGGCACGGGGCGACUUCCAGAAGCUGCGGGAGAAGCAGCAGCUGGAAGAGGACCUGAAAGGCUACCUGGACUGGAUCACUCAGGCCGAAGACAUCGACCCCGAGAACGAGGAUGAGGGCAUGGACGAGGAGAAGCCCCGAAACAUGAGCAUGCCCACCAGUGAGACCGAGUCUGUCAACACGGAAAACGUGGCUGGAGGUGACAUCGAGGGAGAAAGCUGCGGGGCCAGGCUGGCCCACCGGAUCUCCAAAUCGAAGUUCAGCCGCUACUGGCGCAGGUGGAACCGCUUCUGCAGAAGGAAGUGCCGCGCAGCCGUGAAGUCGAGCAUCUUCUACUGGCUGGUCAUCUUCCUGGUGUUCCUCAACACGCUCACCAUCGCCUCCGAGCACUACAACCAGCCCCGCUGGCUCACGGAAGUGCAAGACACGGCCAACAAGGCCCUGCUGGCCCUGUUCACGGCGGAGAUGCUGCUCAAGAUGUACAGCCUGGGGCUGCAAGCCUACUUUGUGUCCCUGUUCAACCGCUUCGACUGCUUCAUCGUGUGCGGUGGCAUCCUGGAGACCAUCCUGGUGGAGACCAAGGUCAUGUCGCCGCUGGGCAUCUCCGUGCUCAGAUGCGUCCGCCUCCUGAGGAUCUUCAAGAUCACACGGUACUGGAACUCCCUGAGCAACCUGGUGGCAUCCUUGCUGAACUCCGUGCGCUCCAUCGCCUCCCUGCUGCUGCUCCUCUUCCUCUUCAUCAUCAUCUUCUCCCUCCUGGGGAUGCAGCUCUUUGGGGGGAAGUUCAACUUUGAUGAGAUGCAGACCCGGAGGAGCACAUUUGAUAACUUUCCCCAGUCCCUGCUCACCGUGUUUCAGAUCCUGACCGGGGAGGACUGGAAUUCGGUGAUGUAUGAUGGGAUCAUGGCUUAUGGCGGCCCCUCUUUUCCAGGGAUGUUAGUCUGUAUUUACUUCAUCAUCCUCUUCAUCUGUGGAAAUUAUAUCCUACUGAACGUGUUCUUGGCCAUUGCCGUGGACAACCUGGCGGAUGCUGAGAGCCUCACCUCUGCCCAGAAGGAGGAGGAAGAGGAGAAGGAGAGAAAGAAGCUGGCCAGGACUGCCAGCCCAGAGAAGAAGCAAGAGGUUGUGGAGAAGCCAGCAGUGGAGGACCAAGAGGAGAAAAUCGAGCUGAAGUCCAUCACGGCAGACGGAGAGUCCCCGCCCGCCACCAAGAUCAACAUGGACGACCUCCAGCCCAACGAAAAUGAGGACAAGUGUUCCUACCCCAACCCAGAAACUGCAGGAGAAGAGGACGAGGAGGAGCCUGAGAUGCCCGUGGGCCCGCGCCCCCGCCCCCUCUCCGAGCUGCACCUGAAAGAGAAGGCGGUGCCCAUGCCAGAAGCCAGUGCCUUCUUCAUCUUCAGCCCCAAUAACAGGUUCCGCCUCCAGUGUCAUCGCAUCGUCAAUGACUCCAUCUUCACCAACCUGAUCCUCUUCUUCAUCCUGCUCAGCAGCAUCUCGCUGGCCGCCGAGGACCCCGUGCAGCACACCUCCUUCAGGAACCACAUUCUGUUUUAUUUUGACAUUGUUUUCACUACCAUUUUCACCAUUGAAAUUGCUCUGAAGAUGACUGCCUAUGGGGCCUUCCUGCACAAGGGCUCCUUCUGCCGCAACUACUUCAACAUCCUGGACCUGCUGGUGGUGGCCGUGUCCCUCAUCUCCUUCGGCAUCCAGUCCAGCGCCAUCAAUGUGGUGAAGAUCUUGCGGGUUCUGAGGGUGCUCAGGCCCCUGAGGGCCAUCAACAGGGCCAAGGGGCUGAAGCACGUGGUGCAGUGCGUGUUUGUGGCCAUCCGCACCAUCGGGAACAUCGUGAUCGUGACCACGCUGCUCCAGUUCAUGUUCGCCUGCAUCGGGGUCCAGCUCUUCAAGGGAAAGCUCUACACCUGUUCAGAUAGUUCCAAGCAGACGGAGGCCGAAUGCAAGGGGAACUACAUCACAUACAAGGACGGGGAGGUUGACCACCCCAUCAUCCAGCCCCGCAGCUGGGAGAACAGCAAGUUCGACUUUGACAAUGUCCUGGCGGCCAUGAUGGCCCUGUUCACCGUCUCCACCUUUGAGGGGUGGCCAGAGCUGCUCUACCGCUCCAUCGACUCCCACACGGAGGACAAAGGCCCCAUCUACAACUACCGCGUAGAGAUCUCCGUCUUCUUCAUCAUCUACAUCAUCAUCAUCGCCUUCUUCAUGAUGAACAUCUUCGUGGGCUUCGUCAUCGUCACCUUCCAGGAGCAGGGCGAGCAGGAGUACAAGAACUGCGAGCUGGACAAGAACCAGCGGCAGUGCGUGGAGUACGCCCUCAAGGCCCGGCCCCUGCGGAGGUACAUCCCCAAGAACCAGCACCAGUACAAGGUGUGGUACGUGGUCAACUCCACCUACUUUGAGUACCUGAUGUUCGUCCUCAUCCUGCUCAACACCAUCUGUCUGGCCAUGCAGCACUACGGGCAGAGCUGCCUGUUCAAGGUCGCCAUGAACGUCCUCAACAUGCUCUUCACCGGCCUCUUCACGGUCGAGAUGAUCCUGAAGCUCAUCGCCUUCAAGCCCAAGGGCUACUUUAGUGACCCCUGGAAUGUCUUUGACUUCCUCAUCGUAAUUGGCAGCGUAAUUGACGUCAUUCUCAGUGAGACCAAUCACUAUUUCUGUGAUGCAUGGAACACAUUUGACGCCUUGAUUGUUGUGGGUAGCAUUGUUGAUAUAGCGAUCACCGAGGUAAACCCAGCUGAACAUACGCAGUGCUCUCCCUUUAUGAACGCGGAGGAGAACUCCCGCAUCUCCAUCACCUUCUUCCGCCUCUUCCGGGUCAUGCGUCUGGUCAAGCUGCUGAGCCGCGGGGAGGGCAUCCGGACCCUGCUGUGGACCUUCAUCAAGUCCUUCCAGGCCCUGCCCUACGUGGCUCUCCUGAUCGUGAUGCUGUUCUUCAUCUACGCCGUGAUUGGGAUGCAGGUCUUUGGGAAAAUUGCCCUGAAUGACACGACGGAGAUCAACCGGAACAACAACUUCCAGACCUUCCCCCAGGCCGUGCUGCUCCUCUUCAGGUGUGCCACAGGGGAGGCAUGGCAGGACAUCAUGCUGGCCUGCAUGCCAGGGAAGAAGUGCGCCCCCGAGUCAGAGCCCGGCAACAGCACGGAGGGGGAGACACCCUGUGGCAGCAGCUUCGCCGUCUUCUAUUUCAUCAGCUUCUACAUGCUCUGUGCCUUCCUGAUCAUCAACCUCUUUGUGGCAGUCAUCAUGGACAACUUUGACUACCUGACCAGGGACUGGUCCAUCCUGGGUCCCCACCAUCUGGAUGAAUUUAAGAGAAUCUGGGCGGAGUAUGACCCUGAAGCCAAGGGUCGCAUCAAACACCUGGAUGUGGUAACCCUGCUCCGGCGGAUCCAGCCCCCGCUGGGCUUCGGGAAGCUGUGCCCUCACCGCGUGGCUUGCAAACGACUGGUGUCCAUGAACAUGCCCCUGAACAGCGACGGGACCGUCAUGUUCAACGCCACCCUGUUUGCCCUUGUCCGGACGGCCCUGAGGAUCAAAACAGAAGGGAACCUGGAACAGGCCAAUGAGGAGCUGCGGGCCAUAAUCAAGAAGAUCUGGAAGCGGACCAGCAUGAAGCUGCUAGACCAGGUGGUGCCCCCCGCCGGAGACGAUGAGGUCACGGUUGGCAAGUUUUACGCUACGUUCCUGAUCCAAGAGUACUUCCGGAAAUUCAAGAAGCGCAAAGAGCAGGGCCUCGUGGGGAAGCCCUCCCAGAGGAACGCCCUGUCCCUGCAGGCUGGCCUGCGCACCCUGCACGACCUCGGGCCCGAGAUCCGAAGAGCCAUCUCUGGGGACCUGACGGCGGAGGAAGAGCUGGACAAGGCCAUGAAGGAGGCCGUGUCCGCGGCCUCCGAAGACGACAUCUUCAGGAGGGCCGGCGGCCUGUUUGGCAACCAUGUGGGCUACUAUCCAAGCGACAGUCGGAGCGCCUUCCCCCAGACCUUCACCACCCAGCGCCCUCUGCACAUCAGCAAAGCGGGGAACAGCCAGGGUGACACGGAGUCGCCCUCCCACGAGAAGCUGGUGGACUCCACCUUCACCCCCAGUAGCUACUCAUCCACAGGCUCCAAUGCCAACAUCAACAAUGCCAACAACACCGCCCUGGGCCGCUGCCCCCACCUGGCUGGCCACCCCAGUGCGGUCAGCACCGUGGAGGGCCGAGGGCCCCCCUUGUCCCCCGCCGUCCGGGUACAGGAGGCUGCAUGGAGGCAAAGCUCCAAGAGGCACCUCUCCCAGGAGAGCCAGCUAGCCAUGGUGUGUCAGGAGGAGGCCUCUCGGGACGAGACCUGUGACGUGAGGGCGAAUGAGGACGAGGAGUACGGCAGCGAGCCCAGCCUGAUCUCCACAGAGAUGCUGUCCUAUCAGGACGACGAAAGCCGGCAGCUGACACCUCCUGAGGAGGACAGGAGAGACAUCAGGCUCUCUCCGAAGAGGGGCUUCCUGCGCUCCGCCUCCCUGGGCCGACGGGCCUCCUUCCACCUUGAGUGUCUGAAACGACAGAAGAAUCAAGGGGACGUCUCUCAGAAGACAGUCCUGCCCCUGCAUCUGGUUCACCAUCAGGCUUUGGCGGUGGCAGGCCUGAGCCCCCUCCUGCAGAGAAGCCAUCCUCCCGGCACCUUCCCCCUGCCAUGCACCACGCCCCCCGCCACACCUGGCCCAGGCUGGCCUCUGAGGCCUGUCCCCACCCUGCGGCUGGAGGGGGCCGAGUCCAGCGAAAAGCUCACCAGCAGCUUCCCGUCCGUCCAUUGCGGCCCCCGGGCUGGGGAGCCCACGCCCUGCGGGGCAGGCAGUGGCCCCCGGAGGGCCCGGCCGGUGUCUCUCACUGUGCCCAGCCCAGCAGGGACCCGGGGCCGACAGUUCCACGGCAGCGCCAGCAGCCUGGUGGAAGCGGUCUUGAUCUCAGAAGGACUGGGGCAGUUUGCUCAGGAUCCCAGGUUCUUGGAGGCCACCACCCAGGAGCUGGCCGACGCCUGCGACAUGACCAUAGAGGAGAUGGAGAGCGCCGCCGACAACAUCCUCAGCGGGGGCGCUGGGCAGAGCCCCAACGGCACCCUGCUCCCCUUUGCAAACUGCAGGGACCCAGGGCCGGACCGAGCAGGGGGCGCGGAGGACGCGGCCUGGGCGCCCGGCCCCGAGCCCCGCCAGGGCGAGGACGAGCUCCUGGACAGCAGGGCCUUCGCCAGCAGCCUGUAGCGGCCGGGCCGGAGACGCCGGCUUUUUAUUUGUUUCAAUGUUCCUAAUGGGUUCGUUUCAGAAGUGCCUCACUGUUCUCGUGACCUGGAGUUAACCGGAACAGCGUCUUCAUUCAUUUCGUGGGGACAAGAUCAAGUCGGGUGGCCAGGAGAGAAGCAGCCGCAGUCCGUGUCCGCGGGGAGCGGUUGGGGCGGGGCGCCGGCACCAGGAAGGGCCCCCACCCCGCACCGCCAACCCGGCUCCCCCCAGCCCUCACCAAAAGGACCCUGUGCCAAACGGGUGUCUUUCAACCUUGCUU